UCGGCCCUUUCCGUCUCCCCUCGGCCCUUUCCGUCUUCCCUCGGCCCUUUCCGUCUCCCCUCGGCCCUUUCCGUUCCCCCCGCUCCCGGCGGGGCCAUGGCCGGUGGUCGCCGCUCGCCGCCCGCUCCGUGCUGCCCCGGCCGGGUGGCGAUGCCCGGUCCGUGCUGCCCGGGACGGGUGGCCGUGCCCAGCGUGCACCAGAGCCUGUCCGAGAUGGACUUCGAGCGGGGGAUCUGGGCGGCGGCGCGGGACGGGGACGAGGCGCGGGUGCUGCAGCUGCUGGAGCGGCGCGGGGACCCCGCGGAGCCCGACCUGGCGGGGUACACGGCCCUGCACUACGCGAGCCGGAACGGGCACCUGGGGGUCUGCCGGCUGCUGCUGGAGCGGGGGGCUCCCUGCGAUGCCCGCACCCCCGGCGGGGCCACCCCGCUGCACCGCGCCUGCUACUGCGGCCACCUGGCCGUCACCGAGCUGCUGCUGGCGCACGGCGCCGACCCCGCGGCCACCGACGGCGACGGCAGAACGGGGCUGCACAAGGCCGCCGAGCAGGGGCACCGCGAGCUCUGCGCCCUCCUGCUCCGACAGCGCCCGGGCCUCGCCGCCCUCCGCGAUGCCCGGGGCCGGAGCCCGCGGGACGGGGCUCACCCGGCCGUGUGGGACCUGCUGGACACCUGAGGGGACGGACACGAGACAGCCGCCCCCACCCCCCAUGGACAGACACACGGCUGGCAUUGUCCCUGUGCCACCUGUGCCACCUGUGCCACCUGUGCCCGCCUGCCGGGGUUACCCCCCGCAGGGAGGUGCAGACCCCCCGCCGCCUUCCAGGGGUUUCUGUUUCCUGAAGAAGGCACUAAAAUGGCGGAAAGCA